CGAAUAACAUAGUGCACGAUUUUACAUGUUGGUAAUUUUGCAGGAGUAGUUUGGAAAGAUGCCUCGCAUCUUGUCUCUUGGUAUCUUCACUGUGCUGUACUCUCUGAUGUGUGUUGUGAAAUGUAGAGAAGGCCAAUGUCGUCAACUGGAGUUCAGAGCUGCCCUUGCAUUUCGAGGAAAACGGCUGCUUAACCAUAAGAUAAAAGAAGUUGACAACGUCGCAAAGGACUUCUGUGGAGCAUUGUGUUUCAUAGAACCCAACUGUAUCAGCUAUAAUAUACUAGUAUCCAAUGAUUCUCCCUCGAUCACCAAAUGCGAGAUGAAUAACGCUACACAUUUUGAACACCCGAGUGAUCUGAUGUCAUUUCCAAACAGCAUCUAUCGUGGAUCCAAGAACGCUUGCAUAAAGAAGCCAUGCCCGAGUAAUGCGAUCUGCCAGGCUGGUUUUUCCAGUGAGGGGUAUAGAUGUGUCUGCGUACCGGGUUACACGGGUGAAGAUUGCGCAGAAGCUCUUUGGUUCGCUACGUCUACGGUCUACGUUCUGAAAAUCCCUGAUAUCGACGAGUGUGCUUUGAUACAUAAUAAUUGUUCCAAGGGUGGCGCCAAUUGCACAAACACUCUGGGGUCAUUCAACUGCACCUGCCAAACUCAAUAUUUCUGGAAUGGAGCUGGAUGUGAAGCCGAUGGAUGUUUUAACUACUCAACUCUGAGCGACGCUGACAGAAAGAGUACUUACGAUACACCCCCAUCAAGUGAAGGUGUGUGUGAUAACUCGCUACUUGAGAGAUGGUAUCGUUUUGAGGCAGCUGCUGGGACAAAAAUGCCAACAAAGGCAGUGGAUGAUUAUCACUGCAAUACAGCCUUCCCAGGCUGGUUAAAAGAUGCUGAACCAACAGUGGUAGAGGGUGAAGUAAAUAGGAAGGUCUGCUUCACCAGACGUUCUGACACUUGCUCGCAUUUCAAACAAAUCAUGAUGAAAAACUGUGGAUCCUAUUUUAUCUACAAACUGGUUCCAACUCCGACUUGCAAUUCUCGCUACUGUAGCACAGACGAAACAUGA